AUGACAUCGGUCAAAGUCGCUGUUCGUGUCCGACCCUUCAAUACCCGAGAAAGAAAUCGCCAAUCCAAAUGUAUCAUUCGAAUGGAUCCCAACGAACAAACGACCUUCAUACGAAAUCCUCUCGACGACACGAUCAAACAUUAUAAGUACGAUUACUCAUAUUGGUCAUGUGAUGAAAAUCUGACAAAUGUAAAUUUUGUUACGCAAGAACAAGUUUAUCAGGAUCUCGGCAUUGAAAUGUUAGAGCAUUCGUUUGAAGGAUAUAAUGUGUGUAUAUUUGCAUAUGGACAAACAGGUGCUGGAAAAUCUUAUACUAUGAUGGGAAGAAAUGAACCAGGCGAACAAGGCAUCAUUCCACGACUUUGUGGCGAAUUGUUUCAACGGAUCGUUUCAUCCACGCCCGUGUCUUCUUCAUCUCGUAUUCAACCACAGUAUACUGUCGAAGUUUCAUAUAUGGAAAUUUACUGUGAACGCGUUCGUGAUCUAUUGUCACCGAAAAAAUCACAAACGAUAAGUGUGGGAGGUGCACAUAAUUUACGCGUACGUGAGCAUCCAAUCAUGGGCCCCUAUGUCGAAGAUCUAUCACGUCUACUUGUGACAUCCUAUGAUGACAUAUCACGAUUAAUCGACGAAGGAAAUAAAGCUCGAACGGUAGCAGCGACAAAUAUGAACGAAACCUCGAGUAGAUCACAUGCUGUCUUUACGAUUCUAUUUUCUCAAUCGACAUACGAUCCAGUGACGGAUUUAACCGCAGAGAAGCAGUCAAAAAUCUCUCUCGUCGAUUUAGCUGGAAGCGAACGAGCCGAUUCGACUGGUGCCACAGGGGAUCGAUUGAAAGAAGGUGCCAAUAUCAAUAAAUCGUUAACAACAUUGGGAAAAGUGAUUGCAGCAUUGGCAGAAAUGAGCUCGAAGACUCGAAAGAUUCGUUCUGACAAGAAAGCUGAAUUUAUACCAUAUCGAGAUUCUGUAUUAACAUGGCUGCUCAAAGAAAAUCUCGGUGGAAAUUCGAAAACAGCUAUGAUCGCUGCCAUAUCCCCUGCUGACAUUAACUAUGACGAAACUCUGUCCACACUUCGUUAUGCUGAUCGUGCAAAAGCGAUUGUUUGCAAAGCAGUUAUCAAUGAAGAUGCUAAUGCACGUUUAAUCCGUGAUUUGAAAGAAGAAAUUAUGAAACUACGAGAACUAUUGAAACACGAAGGUGGAAUAAAUAUAUCGACUGAUGGCGCUAUUACAUCACCUACACAUACAUCAAAGCAUGCACGAUUGAAAUCAACUCCGUCACAGAGUAGUGAAGACGCAUUGGAACGUUUAAAAGAGAACCAGAAAUUAAUGGAUUCGUUGUGUAUGUCCUAUGAAGAGAAAUUACAGAAGACAGAGAAAAUCAUGGCAGAGCGAGAAGCUGCUUUUCAUGAACUUGGCGUUUAUUCCAAGACAGAUGGCAACGCAGUCGGCAUAUUCUCUCCAAAAAAUUCUCCACAUCUUGUAAAUCUUAACGAAGAUCCAUUAAUGUCAGAAUGUUUGAUGUAUUUUAUUAAAGAUGGAACUACUCGCGUUGGCCGUCCAGAUGCACCUAUUCAUCAAGAUAUUGUUUUGUCUGGUUCCCAUAUUGAACCGGAACAUUGUAUUAUUAGCAAUUCACAGCAUAUUGUUCAUCUAAAGCCAUGUAGCGCAACAGCAAUGUGCUAUGUCAAUGGUAAACAAGUCGACGCGAAUACAACGGUGGAACUAACAUCGAGCUCACGUGUUAUCUUCGGUAAAUCUCAUGUCUUUCGUUUUCUCAAUCCAGAACAAGCACGACGAAAGAACGCGAAAAAUGAAACAACAGGCGAACCGACUGAUUGGAAUAGUGCGAUUCAAGAAUUACUCGAAAAGCAAGGCGUAGAUAUAAAACAUGAAAUGGAGAAGAAACUUGUAACAAUGGAAGAAGCAUUUCGACGCGAAAAAGAAGAGUCCGAUCGUCUUCUACGUAAACAAAAACUCGAAUAUGAAUCAAAAAUUGUCGAAUUACAAAAACAAGUGAUGGAAACGUCGAUGAGUCAGUCGAUGUUAUCAUCAAUUCUAUCAUCAUCUGGUCUAGUUGAAUCGACCUUAUUUCACCAGCAAACGCUGCACGAAGAUUUGAUAGAAACCGAGAAUGAUACACUCAGCUAUUGCUCAUGGACUGAACAAGAAUAUCAAUUAGCUUGGUGGGCUUGGAAAAAAUGGCGAUUUCAUCGCAUGACAUCACUUCGAGAUAUCUUAUGGGGUAAUAGUGUAUAUCUCAAGGAAGCAAAUGCUAUCAGUGUUGAAUUACGCAAACGUGUUCAAUUUCAAUUUAUUCUCUUAACUGAUACCGCCUAUUCACCUUUACCAACUGAUAUCUGUCCAUCAUCCACGUUAUCAGAAAAUACCAUUGUUGCUAUCGAAGUACAAGACCUGAAGAAUGGUGCUAUACAUUAUUGGUCCCUGGACAAAUUUCGAUCUCGUCUGGAAAUAAUGCGACAUAUUUACAAUUGCGAGCAAAUUUCAAUCCCACGUGCAGUUAGUUAUAAUAAUGUGAGCGAUUCACCUUCGCAACAUAUUGUAUUAACGAGUGAUUCUCAACAGUCAAGUUUCGAUGAUACGAUUCCAAGUCCAACAGUGAAGGGAAAAUUUGACUUUUCGACUAAAGCCAGACAACGGUUGGAAUUAAUGCGUGAAAUGUAUUCCAACGCAGCAGAUAUUUCGCCAACUUCACCUGAACGAAGUAUGGAAUCUUCGGUUAUUGACGAUAAUUCAUCACCAAGCAUUCACGCUGAUCCAUUCUACGAUCGAUUUCCUUGGUUUCGGUCCAUUGGACGAACCUUCGUUUAUCUGACAAAUUUGCUACACGGUUUAACUUUGGUGCAAAAUGUCGCCGUUGUUUCUGAACAUGGCGACAUUAAAGGCUAUCUAAAAAUCUCUGUUGAACAACUGCAAACCUCAUCAUCGCAAGAUGCAGCGCAUGAACAGAUUAAAUUAAUGAAAACCUAUCGCAAUGCGAAUGGAUUGACGAAAGUGGCUUUCGACGAUAAAACAUACUUUCGGGAUAUGAUAAGUCCAUCAUCCGUUGAUUUGAUCAGAUCUUGUGAUUCAUUAGAUCCUAAUCUUCGCUAUGUCGAAGGUCAAUCUCAAUGUGGUGCUAAUGAUCAAGUUCAACAGAAAUCUCCCAUUGAUUCCUUAUCGCCGCCAAAUCGUCGUAAAGAAACCAUGACUACAAGCGAUCUACCAUCGAAUGAAUCCUUACAGCAUCUUGGCGACGAAUAUCAGUUUCGCGUGACUAUCUUAGAAGCUUCACAGAUCCCAGCGGAAUACGAAGAUAUUUUUUGUCAAUUUAAUUUUCUUCAUCAACACCAUGAAGCUUAUUCAACUGAACCGAUUAAAAAUCAAGGCAAAUUAGGAUCACCGCUCGGCUUCUAUCACAUACAAAAUUUUAGCGUAAUUGUCACUCAGUCGUUCAUUGAUUAUCUUCGUUCGAAACCUAUUGUCUUCGAAGUCAUGGGUCAUUACCAACAACGCCAAAAUUCUGCACUCUAUCCGACUAUACAAACUACUUCGCCAACACGUCAUACUACAAGAAUGCCAUUUUCGAAACCCAUUCCAGUCCAAGGAUUAGAUCCAUUAAUACCUGCAAGUUCAACCAAUCAAAUCUACGGUAGUUACGAUCUUCUUGUCUGGUAUGAAAUUUUUGAACUAUCACCAAGUGGAGAAUAUGUGGCUGUCACAGUUGAUCACUCCGACGACACGCCUUGUUCUGGACGAUUCAUUCUCCAUCAAGGCAUUCAACGUCGUAUUGGAAUAACGCUUUGCCAUGAGCCAACUUCUGAUGUGAACUGGAAAAGCAUUAACGAAGUGAUCGUCGGACAAAUUCGUAGUCAGUCUGAUUACACUCAUGAUGAAAUUGAUGGUGAAGUACUUUCUUUAAACAUCGUAUCGAGUCAAUAUAUUCAAAGGCAACAUGACAAGCGUACAUUUUAUCAUUUCGAAGUUGCUUGGGAUUCCUCGUUGCACAAUUCUCUGCUACUCAAUCGAUGUACAUCAGGUGGAAAUUCUGUUUAUCUAACGAUUUCGUCAUCGAUCGAACUCGAACACUGUUGUCAACCGCUGAUUAUCACCAAAGAUCUCUGCCUUGUUCUUUAUCCACGCAGCGGAGACUCAGCAUCCCGUUUACGUUCGUCAAUCAAAAAUUUUUUCCUUUCAACCAAUUCGUUGACACGACAAGCCACGCAUGUGGAACAUCCGAAUAGCAUUUCAGCUGUGUACGAGUUGAAACUUAAACAUACGUCAAUGCUAAGCCCGAUAGCGCAAGACCUAUCGAGCGAAAGUCCAGGUGUACAACGGCGCUGUCGAAAGAUUAUUGACACAUCAAAGCUUUACGUACGUGGAGAAGAAAUGCUGCAUGGUUGGCGACCAAGAAGUGAUUCCUUGAUCAUCGAGCAUCAAGAGAACUUGGAAAAGUUGUAUAAGAUCGAAUGUGUUGAAUAUACCAAACAUAUACUCCAAGUUCAAAAUCAGUUAAAGAAACCAUCUGAGAAAGUGCCAACGGAUGUUUCCAAUGCUUCAUUGGAAGCUCGCCAAGAAAAACUACUUCGUCGUUGUCUGUCAAUGAUGAAGUCUCCACGGCAACCUGAAGAAAUCUCUAUAAAUAAUCAUCGGUCUCCAAACAGUUUACAUUCGAAUACUUCAUCAACGAAAUCUACAGCUGAUGGUGUUACACGAACACCAAACAUGACCAAUUCACAUCACCAAUCAUCUCCGAAUAGUUCAGAUCUCAUCAAAUCGUUUCGUUCGGAUCCGUCUUCUUCUAUAUCGUCAGGAUCGCGUCCAGCUGAUAAUAAGAAUCUCAAUCUUUCAAAAUCUCGAUCCAUCGAAAGUCUCACCGAUACUUCAAUGCAAUUUCGACCAUUGAUCGAAGAAGUUCACAUAUCGCCGAUCGUAUCACGUCGUGGCUAUUUGAACUUCAUUGAUGACAACGAAACGAAUUGGUUAAAACGAUUUGUGAUCAUUCGACGUCCAUUUGUUUUCAUCUAUAAUCACGAAAAAGAUUCUGUCGAACGUGCGUUGAUUAAUCUAACUACCGCACGCAUUGAAUUAAACGACGAAGAUGUCAACAAAAACAUUCGUCACACCAUAUCCGUUGUUUCAAAAUACCGCAUUUUUCUCAUAAAACCGUUAUUAGAGAAAGAUCUUCAUGAUUGGCUGUACGCUCUCAAUCCGUUACUUGCUGGUCAAAUCAAAUCGCGUUCAUGCAAUCGAUCGAAAGAGGCACCUGGCAGUUAA